CAGAAUAUGAAGAAUCAAACAGGAUACUGUGAAACAACAGGCAGUGAGCGGUUCAUGAUGACCAACGUUCAAAUGGGUCCCGUGUUCAAGGCUCACGCAGCGCAGAAGGAGCGUCUCCCGCCCGAAGGCGCUGGCUCUUCAGCAGAUGAUUCCCAUGCAGCACCUUGGACAGGGUUCGCGGGCUCCCUCCCGACACCCCUCACUAACUCUCUUCUACGGUCAAAAUGGUCCAAAGAAUCGUUAAACGGUUACCCCUCUGAAUACAACUCCAUCAAGUCCACUGGGACGAAAAGAGAGACGUUAUUCGACACAGGACAUUUGUGCAAAAAGUGCAUCUCUCAUUUCAAUGUCUUAAAAAUGGAAGCGUUAAAACAAGUAAUUGACGGAAAUAUUUAUACCAAAGAUCCCAAAGUUUUCAUUCAUCUUUAUGAGAGCAUGAAACCACCUGCUAGUACUGUAGAAGCCUGGGGCAACGUGGACGGACGCUGUGGCGUCUGCUCCACUCACUUUAGCCAGCUGAAGCAGGAGGCUAUCCGCACGAUCCUCACCCAGGACCGGGCCAUACGGGCUCCACCUACCACUGCCAACAUCCCAUCCACAAGCCUAGACUCAGGCUCACAAACGCUCCCUAGAACCUCAAUCCACCGAUCUGUUCUCUCAGACCCCCAUCAAAGCCCCAUCAAUGCAGCACCGGAUUGCUGGAUUAAAGGACGUCAACAUUUGGAGGCCCUGUGGCCCCUGUCCUCAUGCAAAGGAAACAAUUCAAUGUCUCAAAAGUCCUCUCAGAGUCCUUUGCAUGCAGGGAAGGUGAAUGAGAAGGAAAAUGUGACCUCUACAGCACUAUGCAACUACGGUGCCACACAGCCAACGCGUUCUUCCAGUAUGUCCUCUCUGCUACCUGCAGGAACAUCUGCUGCCUUGUCGUUAUUUGUCAGGGCAGCACAGAAGUUGAAUGUAAUGGUUAGAAGAGGAAGGCACUUCUCAGAGAGCAGUGCUUCCCAGCGCAUGACAAACUUCAGUAGUCUUCUGCAGAAAUCUCCUCCUCCAACACCAGCAAACAUUUUUCAAGCUGCUAGUAAGAGCAAAGAAACACCUGGGAUGGGGAAGGUCAAAGUGAUGCUGCGAGUGUGUUCGGUUCCUAUGUCUGACCCAUCUCAGUCCUAUUCUUUCAAACUGGACCUGCACAAGAAACAGAUCACAGUGCUGAAUGUACCCACCUUCAACCCUCAGAGACAGACUGCUGGAACUACAGUGUCCUCAAAGACCUUCACCUUUGAUGCUGCCUUUGGCCCUGAUUCAACCCAGGCAGAAGUUUGUGAGAACAGCUUGUGUGAAGUGCUCCAGUCUGUGCUUGCAGGAGCUGAUGGUUGCAUCCUAAGCUUUGGACAAACCAGUGUGGGAAUGUCUUACACAAUGAUUGGCCAGGAUGGUUGCACUCAAAGCCUUGGAGUCAUUCCUUGUGCCAUAUCUUGGCUUUUCAAGCUCAUUAACAGGAAGAAAGACAAGACAUGGGCAAACAUCUCAGUUUCCGUGUCAGCUGUAGAGGUCUGUGGGGAAAACAAUGCCAUCAGGGAUUUACUCUCUGAUGUUGACACAGACAACUGCAAGAAGACCCAGCUUUGCAACCACAGUUUACUAAAUGCUCCAACUCCAGAAAGAGCAGCUUUCCUACUAGAUGCAGCUCUUGCAUCUCGCAGUGGGAUGGUGGACAGUGGAGGGAGACCACCACAUUGUUGUCACAUGUUCUUCACCCUCCAUGUUUGCCAACAGCACAUAGGAAGCAGCACCAAAUCCGGGAUGAAUGUGGAUCAAAGCAAGCUGAGCCUGAUUGAUUUAGGGAGCUGUGUGGGGGAGAGGGAAGAAAGCAACUGUGGAGUCUGCCUUGCUGAGCUUGGAAACUUUAUCACAGCCAAUCUCAACAGACAUAAUCACAUCCCUAAUAGGGGAAGUAAAUUAGCCAUGCUUUUGCAAGACUCUCUGAGCAAUGUCAACUGCUCCACCACAAUUAUUGCCCAUAUAUCCACCUUGUCUGAAGACCUUACAGAAAGCCUUUGUACGAUGCAGACGGUGACUCGAAUGCGAAGUCAGAAAAAGAAGAUAAGGAAAUCUUCCUCAAGCUCGCCUGGAGGAAGAAGCUUAGGCAACGAGAGGAAAUGUAAUAAUUCCACUAAGCUAAGAUUCCAAUCUACAGGGACACUGGAUCAAGAUCUCUCCUCUCCUGGUUUCUCUAGUGAUCCAGCAUUUUACCCUGGGAGUGAUACGUCUUGUGAUACCAUUAUCUCUGUGGAUCCUUCUGGCCUUCUAGAUAAAGAAGUUACAAAUAGAAGCAGAGAGGUUUUGCCUAUUAUUCCAUCUUUACUCAAGAGCAAAUUGGAGUCCAAGAAGCUCUCGCUGAUGAAGUUUUGUGAAAUCUCUCCACCAAUUGCCAAUCGCAUGAAGCAGAUAUCAAAAGAAAAGGCUAAAGAAGAGUCAACACCUACAAUAUUGCAAGAUAAAUCAGAUUUUGAGUGUCUGAAGUGCAACACGUUUGCAGAACUCCAGAAUCGACUGGGAAACAUAGACGGAACAGAGUCGGAUCUAUGCAAAGAUCAGGAAGUGAACGCUAUGAGCAAAUCACCUCACUUAAGCCAAACCGAGAAGCAGUCCAAUUCAUUGGACAUUCAAGCAUCAAACAACAGAGAAUCCAAUAGUACCAGACAAGGAAACUCCUCAAAAACAUUUGCGAUAAUUCACAACAGUGAAGAAACUCCAAGUACCGCCAAUUCUCAGAUUAUUCAGAAAUGUCUGCCACAGUUAGAUGUCGUCAAACCGAUUGAUCCCAUGCUGUCCAGCCAAUCUCCUAGCAAAUCUAAGCCUCAUAAUAAAAUAAUGAAUGUGAUGCCCACUGCACUAUCUUUGAAAUUGGAAGACCAAGGUAAAAUGAGAAUAUUGGAUGAUUCUACAAUGCAAUCUGAGACACGAAUUUCUCCCAUCGGCAAGAGUUCUCCGAGAUCUACCUCAUCCUCUUCUUUUUCAUCAUCCCUAUCUUCUAGUUUGAGCUCCCCACCGGCUGUUUCUGCCUCUUUGAAUGAAGACAUUCCACAUUGUACAGGAAAAAAACAGAGAGAGAUGAGGGCCACUAUCACUGUGACUGUUCAGAAGCCGCUGGAUCUUAAUGGACAUGAUGAGCUUGUCUAUACCGUUGUUGAGGAGGUAACAAUAAAUGGGGCCACUGAGCAAGGAAAGGCACAAAUAUUAAGUAUUCAUGAGUCACACUCUCUCCAGGCUUUAACGCCAGGAAGUCAGUCUGUCAGGAUUAUCGGCAGCAUAGGUGAAGAACAAACAGCGAGUUUUUAUAGUUCCGACUCUAAUAAACAAAUUUCAGAGAAUGACGUCUCCACGGCCUCAUCAGAUGCAGCUGUAAAACACACAAAAAUCAAUGCACAUAUUGACAAGGCAAGCGACUUCAUUGAUUCGAAAAACCUGCCGCAGCAUGAUACUUGGUCUGAGGUGCCCCUGACUAAAGAUGUGAAGGAGAUACGUAAAGGAGCCAUUGUUAAACUUGACCCCCCCUGUGAGGUCUCCAAGUCUAGAAAAUAUGCUUGUGAAAUUAAACCUGAGCAGAGCUGGAUGUGCCAAAACAACAAGAGAGACGUCAAGGAUGUCCCUCACAUGAAAACAGAACAAAAGAACCCACAUAGUCCAAGAGAAACUUAUGAGAAGAAACAGUAUACCAAGAAAGACAGUCUUGUGGAAUGGACCAAAGACAAUAUGCCAUCAACGUCAACAAAUAGUCCCAAUCUCAAGAGAAAAGAGACAAAAGAAGAAUCUGGAAUAGCCAGAAGUGCAAUGCUAUACCUGGCUACUGAACCAGCACCUGUCAGCCAAAGCUCCUGGUCAACACUCUCCCUAUCCCGAAGUCAAGACAACAGUGGUUUGAAGUCACCCGGUGCAGUCCGGAAAGGAAGAGCUGAGCUUUUAAGAAGCAGUAGAGACUCGCUUUCUGCUUUUAGUCAAGGUGGGUCUGAUUUAGAUGAAUGUGAGGAACUGGGGACGAUGAAACCUUUCGUUCACACAUUGCCGUCCCCAUAUAGCCGGAUCACAGCUCCACGGACACCACACCAUUGCAGCGGCCAUGCCAGCGAUACCACCAGUGUUCUCAGUGGAGAGCUGCCUCCUGCCAUGUGUAAAACGGCUUUACUCUAUAACAGGAGCAGUAUGGUCAGUAGCGGCUAUGAAAGCAUGCUUAGAGACAGUGAAGCUACAAUCAGCAGCAGUUCAACGCACAACUCCAUCAGCGAUCAGAGCUGCUCGCUUGGUGCUGCUAAAGGCAUGAGAAGUACAAAGAAAAGAACCAACAUAGGGUCCAGUCUAAGACGUCCAUCCCAAGACAACCUCCUGUCGCUGAAGAGAUCCGUCAGUGGGCCCAAAACGCACUGGGUGGAUCGGGGUGGUUCCGACUCUUAUGAAAUUAAAGUCUAUGAGAUUGAUAAUGUAGAUGGCGUACAGAAGAGAGGUGGGGCAGGGAACAAGGGUAUAGUCCUUUUUAGUGCAAAGCUGAAAUUCCUGGAGCAUCGACAGCAGAGAAUAGCAGAGGUGAGGCUCAAGUAUAAUGCUCUCAGGCGAGAGUUGGAACAUGCCAAGCAUCAUCUGAUGUUGGACCCUGGAAAAUGGACCCGUGAAUUUGACUUAUGGCAAACGUUUGAGGUAGACUCCCUGGAGCACUUAGAGGCUUUGGAGCAAGUCACUCAACGGCUAGAGCGUCAUGUUAACCUCUGUAAAGCGCAUGUCUUGAUGGUUACCAGCUUUGGCGUUACACCAAAGUGCAGACAAAAGUUGCGGCAUCGGCCGACGGUAGAUCAUGCAGCGUUCGUUGGAAUAUAGCAUGCCAAGAUGUUACAUGAUCACUUUUACCUGUUAUGCAAUACAUUUAAUGAUAUGCGUGUAAAUGUACGGG